GGACUCACCACCAAGAUGCUAAAAGUGAAGAGACUGGAAGAAAUCAACACAUGUUACAGCAGCAACGGGCUGGAGAAAAUGGCCUUUUUAAAGUGCAUGGAAGAGGUUGAGAAAGUGAAAUGCUUUCUGGAAGAAAAAGCCAGUGAAGAGCAUCCAAGAUCUGGGAAGAAUGAGGCUAAGGAGAAGGUGUGGUCAAACCCUGGCCUGAAGGAAAAGACACUUGUCAAAGGCGAAAGGACAUCAGCCCUCACAGAGAGAUCUACCCAGAAGAACCAACUGUCCUCUGAGAAAGAAAAGAUUGAUAAACUCAACAAGAAAAAUUCCGAGAAGACCAAUGCCUCUGUAGAUCAGAGGAGUUUUGCUGUGUGUCAUUCAGAAAGGCAAGAUAAGGCAGAGGAUUCUGUCCCGAGAAACUCCAUAGAACCGAGGGGGAGUGUAGAUGGAAAAGGUACUUCUUGCACAGAAAGCUUGAAGAGAAAAGAAAAUAAUAGUGUUGGAGAUAAGAAGCAAGCCACUGUGGAUAAGAAUGAUUGUCCAGCGCUCAAGGGGGAGUCAAAUGGGCUCAAUUCUAAGGAAGAUACUAGAAGACAAGAAGAUGAGGAGGAAGGAUGGUCUCCAACAGCAGGAGCACCCGUGCUGGACAAAAAUUCCAAUAAAAAGCAGCAUGUUGAUAAAACUAACGGUGAUCAGUCCCAUGAAAGGUGCAUCAACAGUGCCAAGAUGGUAUCUGCACCAGGAGUCCUGGGAAAUCCAGCAACAGGAUGCACUCUCCAGCAGGCUGAACAAUCAGAGUCCAUUGGCAGCAGUAAGCGCAGAGUGACCGAGGAGUGCUUCGUCAAGGAGGACAGCAAAAAGAGCAGAAUAGAUCUAGUGGGUGCAGGUGAAGAGCACACAUUUAAAGGGACCCAGGAAGCCAGUCAAGCCCAGAGGAGCUUACAGUGUCAACCCCCUGAGUCUGUGGGAAUGAAACCCUCCAGAGAGCAAGAUCUGGUGGCCCCACUGGAUGACAUCCCUGCUCCUGCCGCCCCAUUCGAUCAUCGAAUUGUGACAGCCAAGCAAGCAGCGGUCAACAGUUUAUAUACUGUGAGCAAAACAGAGAUUUUGGGAGGGGGGCGUUUCGGCCAGGUUCACAAGUGUGAAGAGAAGGCCACAGGCCUGAAGCUGGCUGCCAAAAUCAUCAAGACCAGAGGCCCAAAGGACAAGGAGGAAGUGAAGAACGAGAUCAGCGUCAUGAAUCAGCUGGACCACGUGAACCUCAUCCAGCUCUAUGACGCCUUUGAGUCUAAGAAUGACAUCGUCCUGGUCAUGGAGUAUGUGGAGGGCGGGGAGCUGUUCGACCGCAUCAUUGAUGAAAACUACAACUUGACUGAGUAUGAUACCAUCCUGUUCAUCAGGCAGAUAUGCGAGGGGAUCAGGCACAUGCACCAGAUGUACAUCCUCCACUUGGACCUGAAGCCUGAGAAUAUCCUGUGUGUGAAUCGGGAUGCUAAACAAAUAAAAAUUAUUGAUUUUGGAUUGGCCAGAAGAUACAAACCCAGAGAGAAGCUAAAGGUGAACUUUGGAACCCCAGAAUUUCUUGCCCCUGAAGUUGUGAACUAUGAUUUUGUGUCCUUUCCGACUGACAUGUGGAGUGUGGGGGUCAUCGCCUACAUGCUACUUAGCGGUUUGUCCCCUUUCCUGGGUGAUAAUGAUGCAGAGACACUGAACAACAUCCUGGCAUGCAGGUGGGACUUAGAGGAUGAAGAAUUUCAGGACAUCUCAGAGGAGGCCAGGGAAUUCAUCUCCAAGCUCCUGAUCAAGGAGAAGAGUUGGAGAAUAAGUGCCAGUGAAGCUCUCAAACACCCCUGGUUGUCAGACCACAAGCUCCACUCCAGACUCAAGGCACAGAAAAGGAAUCGCAGCUCUGAUGCUCAGAACCUCGUGACAAAAUAGUCCAUGGAAGGCGUCCACCUGCA